ACCUCGAUUUCGUGUGUCGACUGUCGAGGACCCUAUCACCUACACAAAAACUUCAGGGUUUUAGCUGCCCCCUAAACCAAACACCGGCCGUUGAAUUCUCCGACAUGGCUUCCUCCAUCAACACCUUCUCACUCCAUUCACCUACACGCUUUCACACACACCCCCAAUCUCGCACACCCCUACAAAAUCAAAACCCCCUUCAUUUGAACCCCAUUUCCAAACCCACUUCAAUAAUCACUCAUCUCAACAAACCCACUUCACACCACCCCUUAAUCACCUCCUCCACUUCACCAUCACCCCAUAAAUCCAUCACCAAAUUCCUAUCCGAAAAGGUUGCAGUUUUGCUCAUUGGGUCAUUCAUUUUCAUGGGGUUUUGCAACAACAAUGUUGCAUUAGCAAAACCUAGUCAAAGUCAAACAUCAAGUGUGGAAGUUGAUCAGGAGGAUGAGGAGGAGAUGAUGUGUAUGAAGUUAUUGGAGGGUAAUCCGAAAGAUGUGGUGGCUUUGAAGUCGGUGUUUCAUGUGAAGAUGAAAAGGGGGAAAACCAAAGAGGCUAUCGAGUAUGUGGAGAGGUUGAUUGCUGUUGAGCCUAAGGAAGUUGAGUGGAGGCUGUUGCAGGCUUUGUGUUAUGAGAUGAUUGGUGAUUAUAGCAAGGCUAAAACUUUGUUUAAGAAUGUUUUGAUACAGAGGCCUCUUUUGCUUAGAGCUUUGCAUGGGCUUGCUAUGGUAAUGCACAAGAAUCAUGAAGGACCAGCAGUGUUUGAGAUGCUGAAUAACGCACUGGAAAUUGCCCGUCAAAGGAAGAAAGUUGCAGAUGAAAGGAAUAUAAGAAUAUUAAUCGCACAAAUGCAUGUCGUGAAGGGGGAGUUGGAUGAGGCUUUGAAACUAUUUAAAGAUCUUAUAGAUGAGAAUCCUAGGGACUUUCGGCCUUAUCUUUGCCAGGGAAUCAUCUAUAGCCUUCUUGAUAAAAAGGAAGAAGCUGAAGAACAGUUUUUGACGUAUCAAAGCCUCGUACCGGAUGAGUUUCCUCAAAGAGGAUUCUUGGAAGAUGUCGUUUUGGCUGCAAAAACCGAAAUCAGACAAAAGCACAAGAGCAAAGAGUUGAAACCUGAUUUCUUAUACAGGAAAUAAGCAUCAUGUCAUCAAACAGAUCAUCCUUCAGUAUUUUUUGGCAUUGGUUAGGCCUCAUGUACCCGUCUUACUUUAUUGUAGAAAAGGGAAAUAGUAGGACUAGUUUACCAUUGUUAUUAAGAUUAAUCUUGGGCUAAUGUUAGUUUUUGGUAGGCCAAAACACCCGAAGAAAAUGGAAAACAGAUGGUUAGGCUUUUUUUUACUAUAAAUAUUUUUCGGUUCUGGUUA